AUGGUAGUAGGUGAAGGUUCGGGGUUCAUUGACUAUCGGGACCCAGAAGUAAUCUUACAAAUUCCCAGUUAUGAAGCCAGGUUGUUCUUCUGGGAAAGAUUAUUUAAUAACGAAAUGUUAAUAAAAAUUGGGGACGAUGUGGCGUGGAUCCCCAUUCCGGAAGGUUAUGUUGUGGAGAAAGUUUAA